AUGAAGCUGUUCAGCCUUAUCAUUGUUGCAUUUGUUGGCUCUACCUUCGCCAUGCCUCAGGUUGAGGCUCGUGAUCAGAUGAGCGGUUUCUUGCAAAAGCGUUGUAUUGCUCAGGGGUACGCCUGUGGUAGCACUGCUGAAGAGUGCUGUUCCGGUCUUACUUGCACUGCGGGUGGUUGCUACUAG